AUGGGCACGGGUGUCAUAAUGCAAAUGCCUCGAGGGAACCUUGAAACGAUUCAUCCUCGACCUUUUGUCAUCCGUGUUAUCAAACAGCUUCUGGAUUCUGCGAAAUGCGUAGAAGCUCUCAGAGAGAUGAAGAAACACCGUAUUGAUAUGAAUCUCAUGGUCGAUUAUAAACCUGAAAUGUUCCUAGCCAAUGUUCCGAAGUUAGUUGCAACGGCGAAGGAUGCGGAACUCAUCUGUAUUCUCAUUGCGGCGCUCAGUAAUGAGCGAAGUGCGUGGUGCGAUGGAGAUGCCAUCAGUAAUAAGGUCAACCGAGUGACCGAGAUGGACUGGGAGUUCAAUUGCCCUGAGAGUUAUUGCCUUGAUCGAUCGAUGUAUAGAGUUUGUGUGUCUUACUGUCAGCGCUUCUGA